CAAACCAGUGACCUUUUGAUGCAUGGGACAGCACUCAACCAACUGAGCCACAUCGGCCAGGGCUCCACUUUUUUUUCUAACCUUGGGCAACCGAACUCCCAAGCUCAGUGUGGGCCUGGAGCCAAAAUCUAGCCCCUGCAUUUCCUGGCUCUAUAACUUUGUGGGCAACUUUCUUAAGGCUCUGUGCUUCCAUUUCCACACAAAAUGGGGUUAUGGUAGCCCCUCUUGAGGUGAUGCAGAGUAUUCAUUUGAGUUAAUAAAAAUAAAAUGGUGAGUGCUCUGUAAAUAACUAUUAGUUUUUAUUAUCCCUAUUUUACAGAUGAGAAAGGUGAGGCUCCAAAAGGAGACUAUAGCUUAGCCCAGGUCAGUCAGGGAGUGACUGGUGAGGAUAAAUAGUGGUCACGGCAGGGUAUCACCUACCCUAAAGUCCAACGUGAAAUAUUCACUCAGUACUUAAGUGCUGGUGCUAUUCCUGGCAAUCAAAGGGCCGCCUGUUCCCUCAGCACAGGAAAUUCCAAGCCAGGUACCCAAGCCGACUGGAGAAGAUGGAAUUGAAUAUCCCAGCCUGCCUGUCUGGGUCUCUGAUUGCUGAGGGGGUAGCUGUCACUUGGAGUGGCCUGGGUAGCUUUGGGUCUGUCUGGGCAUUUCCUUGGGUGGUCAGCCCUCACCCUGUCCUUGAAAUGGUUCUGGCUGGGCAGCAGUCUCUAGGUGGUUUGGGGCGGGGACAAGACUGAGAACACAGGUUUCCUUGUACUGCUGUAGAGAGGGAGGACAGGAGGAAAUUGGAGACCCCAUUCCCCCCUUAGUCACUCUCCUGCUCAUAGUCCAUGAUGGCUUGGUCCAGGGUGUUCCUCGGUGUCAUCAUCUUGCUGUCUGCCUUCCCAGGGCCCACUUUUGGGGGCCGCCCCAUGCCCAAGCUCGCUGACCGGAAGCUGUGUGCUGAUGAGGAAUGCAGCCACCCCAUCUCCAUGGCUGUGGCCCUUCAGGACUACGUAGCGCCCGACUGCCGUUUCCUGACCAUACACAGGGGCCAAGUUGUGUAUGUCUUCUCCAAGCUGAAGGGCCGGGGUCGGCUCUUCUGGGGAGGCAGCGUUCAGGGAGAUUACUAUGGAGACCUGGCUGCUCGCCUGGGCUUUUUCCCCAGUAGCAUUGUACGGGAGGACCAGACUCUGAAACCUGGCAAAAUCGAUGUGAAGACAGAUAAAUGGGAUUUCUACUGCCAGUGAGCUCAGCCUACCGCUGUCCCUGCGUUUUUGGUUUUUUUUUUACUCCCGGCUUUAUGCAAAUACAUCAGCCUAGUGCAAACUGCGA